AUGUUGGCCGUCCGCGACCAGGAAAACCUGGUAAACAACCACCAGACUGCCGCCGCGGCAAAACCUUUGAAUCAUGGUAUCCACAGAAUCCCGCCCAAGACGCCCGGCAAAUCCGUGCCACUCAACGAUGAGAACAAUCCACGUUUAUUUGGGAAAGGCACGAUCAAGGGGAAUAAAGGGCGCGCAGAAAGUGGAAAGGCGUCCUCGAGCGCGUUCGUCACGCCUGGCGAAACGAAACACCGUGCGGUCCUGGGUAACAAGACAACCAAUCUGAAGGCCAAUGCGUUCAAGACGCCAGGGCCAUUCGGAGGAACGGGCAAGCCCGAGAAGACCAAUAAUCGCAGGACUUCGACCGUCCAGAGAAUCAAAAAGUCUGCCCCGGUCACCCAGCAGGCUCAAACGAGGGUAUUCACGGAUGUUGAUCAUGAUGAUGUGCCGGAUAUUGAAUAUAUGCCGCCGAAGCCUGUCGAUCUUUUGGAUGAACCCGAUGAUGUCACAUAUGAUACGACAUUCCCCCAAUUUCAACCGAAGAAUCGGGCCCUCGGUCUGGAGAGCGUCUACGGAAAGCAGGAAAUUGGCAGUGAUGGCCUCACGAAGAAGCAGCGCAAAUUCCUGCAGGAUUCGGCCAAAUGCGAUAGUAUGAUUAACGAAACCAUUAUGAAACAGCUGGAGACUGUCAAUUUUUCCGAGUGCACAGAGACUGCGCCGGUCCGCGCCUCCCGUCGACAACCACAAUCCACUCAUCGCAGGGCUCCUUCUACCAGCAUACAAUCGACUCGACCCAUUUCCACUCUGCGCUCGCGCGAGGCAGCUGCUGCCCUCGCUACCCCACGACCCAGCACAGCCCCAGGCCGGUCCAUGGCUGCACCCAAGUCCCGCGUGGUGUCGGCAGCCUCUGCUAUCCUCCCUCAGAAGAAGCCAAGAGCUCCCACCAAUCCCUCUGCGAUGCGCAACACCGCAGCCGCAGUGACUUCGAAUACGACUAUGGGCUAUUCCAAGGGCCGGAGUGUCUCGUCGUCUUUGCGUGAGACUGCUUCUGCCCAGAGAGCAGCUAGUGCAGAGGCGCUGUCUCCCGAAACCUACAUCCAGCUCUAUGGGAUGCCACCCCUGGACUCAGACAUGUGGAUUCGCUGCAAGUCUGCGGGCUGCUUUGACCGGCCGGAUGAAGCGGCCUCUUCCCAGGAGUUGGAUCCUCAGCUACCGAUCUUCGAGGAGGAUGACGACGCUGCGAACUUUCAGCUGACUCUGUAA